GACCAGCCGACCUGGGGCGGAUUGAAGCCCUGCUCCUCACCUUGCGUCACACAUCGCCCAACUUUGGCCAAACGCCCGCCACUGCAAUCUCGCUCGCUCACUGACCAACAGGCGUCAUCCAUCAAAACAUACACGACACGUGCGCGCGCGACUGCAGCUUUGCCAUACAAGAAGAGGACGCACGCUUGCUCGCCGCCGCUGCACCUUGCAAGACACAAAGCACCUCUCCCAGACGGGCAGUAGAGCCAUGGCAUCCGGCACGCCGUCGCCGUCGCCGUCGCCAUCUGACGCGCGUGCCUACGCCCGCGCCGCAGCCACCAACAACCUGUGCGGCGACUUUGUCCGCGCUGCCAGGGCCAUGGACUACGCGAUCCCCUUGCCAGAGGGACAGCUGACCACGUUCACUCGCUCCAAGCCCGGCCGCCCACCCGCGCCUGUUCACGUUUUGUGCGAGACGCUCGACCUCGACGAGUCCCAGCCCAGGCCGCCUGCCGCCGACGACAACAACGGCGAUUUCCUCUUUGUGCGGCCCAUCCCGCCCGCGACCAUGGACAGCUGGCUGCAGGAAGUGCAGCCGUGUGCCUCGUCGGUAUUCGGACAAAUGUGCCAAAGAGACCAGGGUGACAGGCCCAUCGACUUCGCAGAGUCUUUGAUCGCCCAUCUCGAUAGAUGGCUCAGCUGCGAUAAGGGCGACCUCCGCCCUGACGGUCCCGGCUUUGACAAGCGCGGCCUGUUCGGAAAAACGAAAUGGAGGACCACCAAGAUCCGUCAUCCGUGGUUUGGUCCGACCGAGGAAGAGAUACUUAAAGGCUGUUACUACAUGGCCACGUAUCGAUUUGAUUACGGCGCCACGCGCCGGACUGCCACCUCCCCGCGCGGUUUUACCGAAACGCCACAUAUCGUCGGCACCUGCGCGCAUUCCGUGCAGCAGCUGCCAGAGCAAGGCCUGCUCCGCGGCGAGAUUGAUGCAAUUAUAAUAAUGACGCAAGUACGCCGCAUGCCGCCCUGCUGCGUCUCUUUUCGAGCCGUGCCAGUGACCGUCAUCUCCGUGGCCCGAAACGACGUACGCAUCCUUCACGCCUACGUCGACACGCAAAAGCGCCUUAUUAAAGUGCGCAAAUCCCGCGUCCUCAACUUUGACAACAUCGACGACAUCCACGCGGGCAACGACGAAUGGAAGCAUAUCCUCCGCUGGGUCCUCGCGGAGCCCGACAUGGACACCGUUAGAGCAACGGGGUAUUUCGACGUCGACCAGCCAGGCUCCAAGGCGCAGCAACCGUCCCUGCUCCGCAAAGCGCUGGCUCACCGUUGAAAGCUUUGUCCACUCCCCAGUCCCGCUGCGAAAUGCAAUCGUGCGGGCCGAGGCUUGCAAGCCGCCAUUGCCAACCAAAGGAGCAGAAGCACCAGGAGAUGUGCAUUUCUCAUUUCAAUAAUGCAUAUGGGUGUGUAGGGUGGGGCGCAGCAGACGGCCGUUGGACGGUAGGGGAACGCUUGGCUAAAAGCAAAGGGGAGCAGAGGCAUCCGUUUUUGGAGGCGAAACCCUCCGUUUCUGGAGGCCCUGGGAUCCCAUUUUCACCCAAAACUUCUACAAACCAAAACAUGUAAGGGCCGAACUAGUACUCAGGUGGGUGACCACUGGGGAAUCCUCGGUGUUGUAUGUUUU